AUGUGGCUCAGCCUUCUUAUAGGUUUAGGACUACUAAAUUAUGGUUCUGCUAUGGAUUCUGUGCCAGUAUUCAUUUUGGAUUUUGAAUCAGUUCUACCGCACGUUAUUGUAGACCCGAAUCCCUUUUAUAAAGUAGACUCUAUCGUCUUCUUUGAUAUCAUACACGAAGCGCUAAAAAAUGGCAGAAUAGUAUUAAUGUUCAUAGAAGAAAAGUUUAGUGUCGAAGAUAUAAGUAUAAAGGACACUCACGGAUCCCCAUUUUUUAACCUACGCCAAGGUUUAAUUGAUGGCAAAGUAAAAUAUUUUCCUAGCGUCGCAGAGCCAUACAAACAGUUAAAACAAGUUUUUCAGCAUGAGAGACACAACGUAUUUUACUUACGUAGUACGAGUAGCAAAAUCCAAGUACACAAGGACCGUUACAAACAUUAUUACAUUUAUUUCAUGGACUCCUCGAAUGAAACUAGAGCUGAGGCGUUAAGACGCCAUGAUUUAAUAAUGCGCGAGGUAUAUUUUGUUAUGAGGCGAAUGGCUACGGGUCCCAUUGUGGCGUUUUAUACUGGAAAAAUGAAUCCGAUUGUUCUAGAUAAAAUUAAUUUUAUGUCCAUAAAGCCGGCCGUUGAAAAACGUGCGCCUGGUGUUACCAUAACUAGUACGGGAGGACUGUUUCGUUUGAUUGGUGUAUACUCAACCUUGGGUACUCGCCGCUCUACAUUCAGUCAAAUACCACUCGUAGCUGAAGAGACUUGGACGCGCAGACAUCUUAACACCAGAAUGGCAUACACUGACUUCGAAUUGGAGUUCACGUUUUCUUUUAAAGAUGAAGGAUGGAUUGUUGAUAAUGUAGCCCUCCUCGAAUACGGUGAAGAGGUUGGUCGCACGAAGCUCGGUGUCGGUGCACCGUGGCGCUGGUCCUAUGUUUGUGGAGAACCGCUCGUUUUGGUCAACACUAGGGAUGGUAGCUCUGUCAUCAUUUCUCAAUAUCAGAUACAGCCAUUCCACACGGAUCUCAUUCUCCGAAACGCAUCAGAUGGCAACGACACACACUGCUUCGGUCCAGCGGUCCAUUGCGGGCCAUAUUUCAACUCGCAAAUUCUGGCCGGUUUGAUGGUAACAUUCUUCUGCCUCGGGAUAUUGACGUACGGUGUUACCAGUUUAUAUAAUUGUCCAGCGAAUGACAGAUAUGACGACCCGCAAGGGAAGCAGCUGGUGAUUGUGUCGGAUGGCUCUCAUUAAGCUUUGUACUUUUCUUCGUUAAAAAUAGUC